AUGGAUAAUAGUGAUUAUAACACUCAAGAUGAUACAAGUGAUAGUGAUUAUGGUGAAGAGGAAAAUGAAAAUAAAAAUGAUGUUUUUAUUUUAGCAGUUGCAGCAGUAGAAUUUGUUGAGAACUAUUAUAUGCCAUAUAUUGCAAAGGAACCUUGUAGGACCUCUUCUCAAACAGGUUAUAAAUGGAUUAUGGAAAUUGUACAAGGUAAUCCUGAUAGAUGCAAACAAAAUUUCAGAAUGGAAAUACACAUAUUCCUUUACUUGUGUAAAGAGUUGAAGGAAAAAUAUCAUUUAAGAGGUACUAGGAAAUUAACUGUUGAAGAGUUGGUAGCUAUGUUUUUGAUUACUUUAGGCCAUGGGUUUGGGAAUAGGAUAGUGCAAGAAAGGUUUCAACAUUCAGGAGAAACAGUUAGUAGACAUUUUUCUCAUGUUUUAAUGGCUGUUUCAAGAAUGGCGGUUGACAUUAUUAAUCCUAUUGAUAGGGAGUUUAGGGAUGUUCCAAGAAAAAUUCGUAAUGAUGAGCGGUAUUGGCCAUACUUCAAAGAUUGUAUUGGAGCCAUUGAUGAAACCCAUGUGCCAAUUAAAAUUUCUCCAUCAAACCAAAUACCAUAUAUUGGUCGAAAAUGGACUCCUACUCAGAAUAUUAUGGCUGUUUGUGAUUUUCGUAUGUGUUUCACAUUUGUUUGGGCUGGAUGGGAAGGUACUGCACAUGAUACACGCAUUUUUUUGGAAGCUAUUCGAAAUGAAGAAUUGCGACUUCCACACCCACCUAGAGGAAAGUAUUACUUGGUAGACACAGGAUAUCCUCAUAUGAAGGGAUACAUGGGGCCAUACAAAGGAGAACGGAAGCAUGCAAUAAAGGAUGCUGAAUUCCAACCAUAUGAUGAUGAUGAGGAUUUACUACCUACUGACAGUAUAGGCGAUGACGAAGCACAAGAUGAAUCAAGCAUACAACAAUCAGAGACAUCAUAUGAAAAUUCUAUGAACAUUGAGCGUGAUUAUAUUGCUAAUCUACUUAUGACCCGUUAA